AGUUUUGUGCUGGCUCUGACAACAACAACGGCCGUGGAACCAUGGCGCCAUCAUGACCAGCCCUGAGGGUCAGGGGUAUCGGAAGCGCCCAACCAACAUUCAGCAUGCAGAGGGGCCAGACUCCACUGGCCCUUGGAGUUUGACCAAAAGUGUGAAGUUUGGAGAGCCUUCAGCCGAACCGGAAGAGCACAAUGAAGCUCCAGCGACCUGCUCCAACACAGCCCAAUCUCCAGCAGAUUUAGAACAGACGAAUCUGAGCCGGGAUGCUUCCCCCAGACGUCCUGGUCAGUGCAUUUGGGUGUUGGAUGAUCCAAUUGUCCGGGGCAAGCGCUUCAGGUUGCAAUGCAGAGCGCCAAAAGAGAACAAUGACUUGCACCUGCUCUUCGUGCGGACCGAGAAGAAGCGCCUCUCGGUGGUGGCACUGGACGUGGCUUUGGCCAAGGAGAAGGGUUUGGAGGCCGCGAAGCUGGUCUACAACAAGCGUUUGGCCAAACCCUUCCUCUGCAGCCGCGCGGUCCGGCUGGACUUCAGCUAUCGCAAGCAGGACUGCAGCAUGGCGGUGACCCCUGCUUCCAACGGGGAGGCGCAGGUGGCUCUCUGCCUGGUGAAGGAAAGCGACACCUUGGGAAGUGCCAUGUGGACUUUGUUGGACUUCGUGGUGGUCCAGGUCUGUCAGACCACUCCGCUGCAGGCCGAGGAUCCAGUGCAAAAGAGCAAGGAGGAGAUGCUGGCUGAGGCCGGUGAAAAACUGCGUGACGACCUGGGGAGGCUGGUGCAUUCCUUGAAGGUGGCAGCUUUCUACGGUGCCCGUGAGGCGGCGCAAAGUUUGAUUCACAAGGAAAGCAGUGCGGACAAUCGCUCAAUGCUGAGACGCAUCAGCCAGGCUCGGUCAGUGGAGUCCGUGAUCGAAUGCGCCAAAAUGUUGGACCGAAAUGCCCAGAAAGGCUUCCAGGAUCUCAAGAACACCAUUCGAAAUCUCUGCAGCAUCCUUGUCAUUACCUGGGAUUCCCGCGAGAAGCUGCCAUGGAGCUUCUAUCAGAUCGAGAGUGACAACAACAUCACUCCCAAGAUUGAUGUGAGAGCACGAAGCCAAAUGACCAUGUCAAAUCUUUCUGUCCACGACAUGGGAGGCGUUACAAUUUCAAACUUCAGAGUGUUGCUGUCCUGGUACGGUGACGAUGGCAGGUCCGACUUGGAUUUGUACCUCUCGUGCCCUGAGUGCGAAGGUGUAGUGCAUCACCAAAAUAAAUGCUGCAAUUGCUUGGAGCAGCUUCAACUAACUCUGGAGGGUCUGGAGGCCGUGCCCGAAAGCAGUGACCACCAGGAAGCCUUAGGAGUUGACUUGGCAGCUGCUGAUGAUGCUGGUGCCCGGUGCAUCCGGAGCAUCACCAAGGAUGGGCCCUUGGAUCAAGCCUGCGCACGUGACAACAUCCAACUGCAGCCGGGGGAUUUGCUGCUAGGAGUUGAGAAUCAAACGGUGCGGAUCCAGAAAUCCAAGCCUUGCAGAGUGGAGAUGGAUGUGGAUCACCUGGGCCCCAAGCACAUGAGAUCCGAGCAAAAUGUUUUUGUUCAGCAGCCCUCGGACAAGACCUAUGUGUUACAGGUGCACUUAUUUGCUGGCGACCCGGUGGAGUAUCAGGUGUUGGUCCAGCGGGUUGGCUUUCCGGACAUCGUCUACAAUCUACCAGCGCAUCAGGAAACCGACGAAACGGUGGAUGUGUUCAGCAUGACCGCUUUGCAGUUGGAAUCUGCCUGGGAGCCCCUUGAAUUGGACUGAGGGGGCGACCCCUGACGUUACGGAGGCGCUUGCAGUUGAGAGCCAGAGAAGAAAUGAGGACAUCAAUGCACAGUAGAAAUUAGAAAUGAUAAAAAUCUGAAACAUGUACAAAUAAAGAUGAUUAAAGGUAACAUAAGAUAACUAAAUGAAGAUUCUAGAACCAAUAUUCAGCAAUUUGCUCACACUGCGCACCGAACGGUGCUCAGCACUCAUCCGCUUGAGAGGGAUAGCGGACCAGUCACAUGGCUUUGCUAAGCAAGUGCCGAAAA